UAUGGUACUUGUCAUAUUAUUGUUCCAUGUGGGACUCUUAGGGUCCUUUAAUAUAUAUGGAUAAUCCCAUUAAUUUGAUGUAAUUUAUAACGCAUAUAUAUAAAGGGCAAAUCAUUCACAAUUCUUUCCCAAACAACAUUGCAAAACUUUUGCAGCUAAGCCAAAUGGGUUCACUUCAAAGUGAGAGUACUAAUAAUAACGCAUUUGGCUCAGUACUAGAGCUUCAACAGUUCGAUAUAGCUAAUGUCGAGGAAGGUGCUGUUAAUCAUCAUCAUCAUAAUCAUGGUGAUCAUAUCAAAACAUCAUCGUCAUCAUCUGAUCAUGAGAAUAUGGUCCUCAACAUUCCUGAUCCUCCAACUAUCUGGCAGGAGCUUCUUUGUUCAAUCAAAUAUGAGUCUCUUUGUUCCAAGAAAAAGAAAAAUAUUCAUACCAAGAAUACAGUUAACCAUUCUUCGUUCCUUCCAACUCUAUUUCCCAUCUUCCGAUGGGGAAGACAUUACAAUUUUUCUAUGUUCAAAAAUGACUUCAUGUCUGGUUUAACUCUGGCUAGUCUUAGCAUUCCUCAGAGUAUAGGAUAUGCAAAUCUAGCAAAGCUUGAUCCACAGUAUGGCCUCUACACAAGCGUUGUCCCACCUCUAAUUUAUGCUGUAAUGGGGAGCUCAAGAGAUUUAGCCAUUGGACCAGUAGCUGUGGUUUCAUUACUAAUAUCCUCUUUGGUUCCGGAGAUUCAAGACCCUGUAACUGACCCUGUCGCCUAUACCAACCUUGUUUUCACUGUUACAUUCUUUGCUGGGGUUUUCCAAGCUUCCUUUGGAUUCUUAAGGUUGGGUUUUCUAGUGGAUUUUCUUUCCCAUGCUGCAAUUGUGGGAUUCAUGGCCGGAGCAGCCAUUGUUAUUGGUCUUCAACAACUAAAGGGUCUAUUUGGCAUUACUCACUUUACUACCAAAACAGAUGUGGUCUCUGUAUUGACAUCCGUUUUCAAAUCACUGUUGCACGACCCAUGGCACCCUUUGAAUUUUGUUCUGGGUUGCUCAUUCCUGAUUUUUCUUCUAAUUGCCCGACACAUCGGUAGAAGAAAUAAAAAGCUGUUCUGGUUGCCAGCAAUAGCUCCCUUAAUAUCAGUUGUAUUAUCUACACUAAUAGUGUACUUAACAAAAGGUGAUAAGCAUGGAGUGAAUAUAGUGAAACACAUCGAAGGAGGCAUUAAUCCAAUCUCUGCUACAAAAUUACAGCUCACAGGUCCACAUGUGGCACAAGCUGCCAAAACAGGACUCAUUUGUGCUAUUAUUGCUCUCACCGAAGCAAUUGCUGUAGGUCGUUCUUUUGCUUCCAUUAAAGGAUACCAUCUCGAUGGUAACACUGAAAUGGUGGCCAUGGGUUUUAUGAACGUUGCAGGAUCUCUAACUUCAUGCUACGUGGCUACCGGUUCGUUCUCAAGAACAGCAGUGAACUUCAGCGCAGGGUGUGAAACAGUUGUGUCGAAUAUAGUAAUGGCCAUAACAGUGAUUUUGUCACUAGAAUUGUUAACAAAGCUCUUGUACUACACUCCCAUGGCCAUCCUAGCUUCUAUCAUUCUCUCAGCACUUCCAGGCCUCAUUGACUUUAAUGAAGCCCUUCAUAUUUGGAAAGUUGACAAACUAGAUUUCCUUGCUUGCAUUGGUGCUUUCUUUGGUGUUUUGUUCGCCUCAGUUGAGAUCGGUCUAUUAAUUGCGGUAAGCAUAUCUUUUGGUAAGAUAUUAUUACAUGCAAUUAGACCAGGGGUAGAAUUGAUAGGGAGAAUUCCCAGAACAGAUACGUUCUGUGAAAUCAGCCAAUAUCCAAUGGCUACAAAAGCUCCCCCAGGCAUCUUGACCAUCCGUAUCAACUCUGCCUUGCUUUGUUUUGCUAAUGCUAAUUUCGUAAGACAAAGGAUAAUGAGAUGGGUGAAAGAUGAGGAGGAGGAUUAUGGGACAGAAGAUUCGACUCAUGUAAAGGAUAGAGUUCAAGUAGUUAUCCUUGAUAUGUCCAUCGUGAUGAAUAUCGACACUUCGGGAAUUUCAGCUCUGGAAGAACUUCACAAAAAUUUGCUUUUGCAUGGAAUAGGAUUAGCAGUUGCAAAUCCAAAAUGGCAAGUGAUUCACAAGCUCAAAUUGGCCAAGUUUAUAGACAAAAUUGGAAAAGAGAGGAUUUUCAUGACGGUAGGUGAAGCUGUAGAGGGAUGCCUUGGAUCUAGAUUAGUGCCUAAUUCUGAAAUUAUUAAUUGUUGAUUAUUAGUUGCACUCAUGCAUGUUGGGAUAUUCAAUUAUAUGAUAUUGUAGCUAGGUUUGAGUGUUGUCAGAAAAAUAUUGUAAAAAUAUAAUGAAUAAUUAAAGAAUUGGAGGUGCUUACAAUAUAUAAUUUCCAUGUAAAGCAACAUAUUUAUGAGAACAAUUAGUGAAUUCUCUCAUUUUUGUCACUAUGGUGUAACUUUGCUUCC